AUGUUCUCUCAAAGCUUGAUGCGUUCUAUCAUUCUUACUCUUCUUGCUAGCUCUGCAGUUGUUUUAUCACAAGGCACCGCUGCCAAGACCAAUGGUACAAGCGGCAAACCCAGUGGAACCGUUCCCAGCCAAUCACCCUCGCCUUCAACCAACAAGACAGGCUCUGCUAAGCCUAAGUCAGACUCUCCAAAUCAAAAAGUGAUCGUCUGUACUGCCGGUUGGGCUCCAGUUGGUGACUCGAGCAAGUCGCACAAACCGCCUGUCACUAGCGCUCCUAAAACCAACACUCCAACCCCUGGGAAACCUUCGAAUAGCUCAAAGAUCCAAGCUCCUCGCCGUCGAGCUACAGACCCAGCCAAGGCACCUGCAGCCGACAACCACAAAUCAUUAUGUGAUACUGCAAAAGAGCGAUAUACAUGUUCCACGGCGAAUUGCAAGCCCAGUGGUGGUAAGAAUCUCGCCGAAGCAACUGGAUGCAAAGGUGAUUCCAAGAAGGCUCAAUGUUUGGCUUACAGGCCUGGUGUUAAAGGUGGUCAGAUCAGUUUAGAGGCCCAUACACCUCACCCCACUGAAUCCGAAGGUUGGAUCGAGUGCGCAGCCUUACAUAAAAUCGACCCGAAAGCUGGUCGCAACCAAAAAGUUGAUACCAUUGCUUGUCAAAAGCUCUCGAUCCCCAUGGAAUGCACUGGCUGUGAAAAAAUGAACAGUACCAAGGUUGAGAAACCAGCACCACGUACCAUUGAUCCUUCACACAAUGCGACCAAAACAAACCCCGCUGCAAAACCCAAAGCAAGUGGAGUUGGAGCUCCAGCAAAUGGCACUAAAUCAGAGACUGGAGGGAAACCAAAGACUGGUACAGGUAGUAAGACUAAUGGAACCACCAUCACUCCUCCAUCAUCAGGAGGUGCCACGAAAUCUGAUCCUAAUGCCAAACCGAAACCUAGCGCAAGUGCAGGUGCAAGUAGUAAGACGAAUGGAACUGACUCUACUCCUCCAAGCAAAACUCCAAAGACCACUCAACCUUUAAAUUCUCAACCAGCCAAAAAUGCAGCUCGACAAUAA